CACCACAAACUGCCUUGAAUGUAUGGAAGAAAUUAAAUAAUUUAUCUUACAACUCAGGAAAAGGAAGAAAUCAAAAAGAAAAACAUUCCAAUGAAAUCUGAGUCUAAUCUAUUUCUCAUCUCUAAUUCUAACUAAUGUAUCAAAUAUGUGAUCACCAAAGCAUUUCCUGCAAAAAUCAACAACAAAAAAGGAAAUUAGUCAUGGUGUUUUUGCCAUCUGAGAAACAAUCGAACCCCAGAAAAUGAAAAAAAAACUAAAAAAGAUUCAGGGGGUAUUAACAUACCAGCACUUGUGGGAGCCAUUGCAGGAACCAUUGCAGGUUCAACUUAUCUUACAUCCCGAUACUUGGUAUCGGAAACUGCUUCGAAUUCCAGUGGGAUUAUAUUUACGAUUUUGUUUAUAUUUUAUUUUCCUGUUUUCAGAAGUCCCGUUUCCUUCUUGUACUAGGUCUAACGCGGACGGACUCUGUAUAAAUCCCAUCGAUCUCUUCCCGGAAUUUUACAGAAACCCUUUUUGUCUUCUCUAUAUAUAAUCUCCGUUUCAUCAAACCAAUUGUCUUGCUCAAUCCAAAGUUGUUCUUUUUACAGAAGAGAAUAAGAAGUGAAGGGUUUGUCGUAAGUAGAGAGAAUCAAAGAUGUUUACACGGAUUUUUGGAAAGCCUAAGCAGGAACCAACUGCUCUAGUAACGUUAGCUAAGUUGCAGGAGACGCUCGAAAUGUUAGAGAAGAAAGAGAACCUUUUUUUAAGGAAGGUUUCUGAAGAGUUGGAUAAAGCAAAAGAGUUUUCCAAAGCGAAGAAAAAAAAAGCUGCUAUACAAUGUUUAAAGAGGAAAAGGUUGUAUGAAAUCGAGGUCGAGAAACUUGGAAAUUUCCAAUUGCGAAUUCAUGAUCAGAUGAUAUUGCUUGAAAGUGCAAAUGUUACAACAGAGACAGUUGGUGCAUUGAGGACUGGAGCAGCUGCUAUGAAAGCUAUGCAGAAAGCAACUAACAUUGGCGAUGUCGACAAGACAAUGGAUGAGCUCAAUGAGCAAACAGAAACCAUGAAAGAAAUUCAAGCCGCACUGGCAAAUCCCAUUGGCGGCUAUGACUUUGAUGAGGAUGAAUUGGAGGCUGAACUCGAGGAACUAGAAGAAUUAGAGUUGGAGGAACAAAUUCUUGAUACAGAAACAACUUACCCUGUACCUCCGGUCCAUGUCCCACAAGUAAAUCAACCAAAUUGCCGUCCUCUUAACAAGAACUCCAAGGAAGAAGACGAGUUGGCUGCAUUAGAGAAAGAGAUGGCAAUUUAAACAGUGUUUGCAGAUCCAUUGCAUUUUACUGUUGAUGAAUUCUCGUUGCUUGGCCAGCUCUACUCCAUUUACAGGUUUAUGUUUCCGUAGUGGGCAGCAAAAUUUGCUGGUAAGAAGACAUUUGUAUAGGUUGGAUAUCAAAGCAAAAAAGAACACACUUUCUCCCGUUUUAAACAUGUAAUCUGAUUUCUAAAUUUUUUCUAGUAUUAUCUGGGGAAUCUUUUGUGUCUUGAAGCACUUGGACGCAUUGGAAACCAAUAUGUGAUUACUGAUUGCAAGUAUAAAUUUCAUAGCAUCAAUUGAGUAAUAAAGUACAUAAUAGCUUAUUUGCC